ACGCGUCCUUCCGCCGCGCGCUUUUCGCCCGACGGCUUUUCCGUUCUCCGCUCAGAUACUCGUCUCACGCUGCUCCGAUCGCUCGGGAUUGCAAACUCGGUAAUUUCGUUGGUAACGCAGUUCGCAAAACAAAGCCGCCACCAUGGAUGUCAUCAAGAAGAAAAUGCAAGCGAUGAAGCUUGAGAAAGACAAUGCUAUGGACAAGGCCGAUACCUGCGAAGCGCAGGCGAAAGAUGCGAAUUUGCGCGCGGACAAGGUCCUCGAGGAAGUCGCGGACCUCAGGAAAAAAUUAACUCAGGUUGAGGCGGAUCUGGAGGCUAACAAGCAAGCUCUCGAGCAGGCUAACAAGGAUCUCGAGGAUCGCGAAAAGUCUCUUACCAACGCUGAAUCCGAGGUCGCUGCCCUUAACCGAAAAGUCCAGCUUAUUGAGGAGGACCUCGAGCGCUCGGAGGAACGACUGAACACCGCGACCGCCAAGCUGACCGAGGCGUCGCAGGCCGCUGACGAGUCUAGCCGUAUGUGCAAAGUAUUGGAAAACCGGGCGCAGCAGGACGAGGAGAGGAUGGACCAACUGACGAACCAGCUGAAGGAGGCUCGCCUGCUCGCGGAGGACGCCGACGGAAAAUCUGAUGAAGUGUCGCGCAAGCUGGCCUUCGUUGAGGACGAGCUCGAAGUCGCGGAGGAUCGUGUGAAAUCUGGCGAGGCCAAGAUCAUGGAACUGGAAGAAGAGUUGAAGGUUGUUGGUAACAGCUUGAAAUCAUUGGAAGUCUCCGAAGAAAAGGCCAAUCAACGAGUCGAAGAAUUCAAGCGUCAAUUGAAAACUUUGACGGUCAAACUAAAGGAAGCCGAAGCUCGCGCAGAAUUUGCCGAAAAGACCGUCAAGAAGCUCCAGAAGGAGGUUGAUAGGCUCGAAGAUGAAUUGGGCAUCAACAAGGACAGAUACAAGUCGCUGGCCGAUGAAAUGGACUCGACGUUCGCCGAAUUGGCAGGAUAUUAGAUUAUUUUAUCUCGCUAUGUUUUGUGCCUAAUAAUCUUCUUGUCGGGAAACCAACAUUCUGUAUUUUUGCGAACCGUUACAGCUCAACAUCAAUGUCGUUUGACGGAGAGGAGAGGCAUGGCUGAAAAAUUAAUGCCGUGAACAUGAUACACAUGAUACACUACACUCACGUCCUUUGUAAUUAAUAUUGUUAUAAUGGAAAUUAUCGACGUGACUAGGUCGCGAUCAAUUCUAUUCUGUUAUAUUAUUGUACGAAAGAUUAAGGGACAGUCAAUAAACAGUUACAAACUCAAAAGAGA